UGUCCUGCUGGCUUUCCUCACAGGUAAUUUUGAACAGGCCAAUGAGGAGCUCAGAGCCAUUAUCAAAAAAAUCUGGAAGCGAACGAGUAUGAAGCUUUUGGACCAGGUGAUCCCACCUAUUGGAGAUGAUGAGGUGACGGUGGGCAAGUUCUAUGCUACUUUCCUGAUCCAAGAGCAUUUCAGGAAGUUCAUGAAGCGCCAGGAGGAGUAUUAUGGGUACCGGCCCAAGAAGAACCCUGUGGAGAUCCAGGCUGGGCUGAGGAGCAUUGAGGAAGAAGCUGCUCCCGAAAUCCAUCGGGCCAUUUCCGGGGACUUGACUGCAGAGGAGGAGCUGGAAAGAGCCAUGGUGGAGGCUGCCCUGGAGGAGGGGAUAUACAGG